GUGCCAGUCCUUCUGCCAGUAAGGGCUCCCUGGUGGCGGUGACCUUUGGCUCUCGCCACGGCGGCCCGUGGUCGGGUCGGAUUGUGGAGUAUCAGAAUGAGUCUGUGAUCCUGGGCAUCACGCCGACGCCCACCGCCAUCGUGGGAAAGUACCGUACGUACGUGGCCAUCAUGGCGGGAAAUGGCAUGCAGCGCACCAAGAGGGACACGACCACCGACAUGUACCUGCUGUUCAACGCCUGGUGUCCGGAGGACCCUGUGUUUCUCCCCAAUGAGGCAGAGCGCUUUGAGUACGUCCUCAACGACUACGGGAUGAUCUACCAGGGUUCAGUCGGAGCUGUUUCACACCGCGACUGGGUGUACGGACAGUUUGAGCGCGGCAUUUUGGACGCCUGCAUUUACAUCCUGGACUGUUCUCGGAUGCCGAUCUACGACCGAGGAAACUGCAUCAAAGUGGUCAGGAUAGGAUCCUCCAUGAUGAACUCUCAGGACGACAGAGGGGUGUGUGUUGGAAACUGGAGUGACGACUACUCCAUGGGCAGGUCCCCGACAUCUUGGACAGGCAGCGUCAAGAUCCUGCUGCAGUACGCCAACACCGGAGUCCCCGUCUGCUACGCCCAGUGCUGGGUGUUCGCCGGAGUCCUGAACACCUUCCUGCGCUGCCUUGGCAUCCCGGCGAGGGUCAUCACCAACUUCUCUUCAGCUCAUGACAACACGGGCAACCUGAAGACCGACCUCAUCUGCAAACCCGAUGGCUCGCCGGACGAGCGCCACACCAGAGACUCCAUCUGGAACUACCACUGCUGGAACGAGGUGUUCAUCACACGCCAAGACCUGCCGCCCGGACUCGGAGGAUGGCAGGUGGUGGACGCCACACCGCAGGAGACCAGCGAUGGACAUUAUCGCUGCGGUCCGGCUCCGGUCAUCGCCAUCAAGGAUGGGCUGCUGUGUCACCCGUAUGACGCCGGAUUCGUCUUCGCUGAG